CAACUUGUGUCAUAUUAGUCGAUUGAUAAUGGCUGACGAGGACUUGCAUAGAGUAAAGAAACCUCGUUGAUACAGCAAAAAGUUUAAUACUUAUCUAAGUAUCGUAAACAAGUAAUUAAUAAAGUCUAUUGUGUAGGGACUAAGAGAAUUAUAAGUUGAAUUUAACCGAAUUACAAGUAAUCUUAUAUUUUUAUUAUGUUGUAAAUCAAUGUUUAAAGUGCUGAAGUCUUUAUUUGUCUAAUAUAAUGAAGCCUGAUAAAGAAACAUCCGAGGGAGAACCAGCUCCUAUAACCGGUGACGUGAUAGGAGACACUGCGUACAGCGAGCGUUUUGUAUUGAAAAUAUUGUUAAAAUUAGCUAAUUUGGAUACACUAAAAGAUGAAAUUCAAGAGAAAUCCUUCGAAGAUGACCUCUGCACGCUUUGGGAUAUGACUGCCGAAAGAGAUGUAGUGCUAUUUCUGCAAAAACAUAACAUGUUGAAUCUAUUAAAUUUCGCAUUACCCAUCAUAGAAUCUCCUCGUAUUAUAGAAAUAUUUAUCGGUAUAACGGGAAACAUGUGUUGUCAGAAGGAAGUUGUUAAUGUACUACUCAAGAUGGACAAUUUCUUAAACUUUCUGCUUGAAAAUAUCAAAACUGACGACAGCUUAGUUCUGAUUCAGCUGCUACGACUAAUCAAUUCAAGUUUGUUUCUUAUAGACCAUGAAGCUGUAUGCAUUUGGAUGGAACUGUUCAAAAAGAUUGAGUAUUCAAGUGCCUUGUACUUUAUACUGAAAAAUUCUUCUAAUAAGGAUCUGUUGGUGACAGCUCUAGAAAACAUCAACACAAUAUGUUCAUAUUGCAAUACAGAGAAGUGCAGAGCUGAGUUUUUUACGCAUUUUGUCACAUAUGACGCUCUAGAGUCUUUGACAACAGCAUUUACUGAAAUCACUGUGAAUCAGAAAGAUAAAUGUGAGAAGGAUGAACUAGAGAGAGUAUUAGUUAUAAGUCUGCAGACCAUUCUCAAUUUAGUUGGAUUUGAUAAAUCGACAGAUGUAUUCAAAGACAGCAAAGAUAAUGUAUCAAACAUGAUUGGUAUUGUACUUAAAUAUUAUGAGACUAAAUUUGUUGAGCAAAAGGAAGUAGACUCUGAUUUGAUAGAUGUCAUAGAUUCAACAAACACAAUAUUGAAUAUAAUGCAUUUAAGUGAAUUAAGUGAUUGUGAAAUAUACUUCGAACCAAGUUACAGAAUAUGGAAAGCUCUCAAAUCAAUAUUACAAAAGGAUAAAAACGGUGUUGAUAAUUUUGAAGAAGAGGACAAGGAGGAAUUGCGAGAGUUCUCUAACCAACUUAAAUCACCGUUGAGCACAUUCAUGUGUGUUUACUUAGCUAAUUGUUCAGAAAAGGAUCUGCUGAAAGCAUUGGAUGAGGUGGGCACAGAUUAUGAAGAAAUACUAAAGCUAGUUAAGAACAAAGAUAAAGAAAUAAAGGAUCUGGUCACGAAAAGGGCAGCCAGUUACAGAACUAGAUUAAAAGAAAAUGUUGACUCAUAAAUCGAAUAUUGUAAUAACAUAAUUAUUACCUACUUUGUAUUGUCAUAUUAACAACCAAACCUUAUGUAGGUACCAUCAUUUCCGUUUCAAUCAAUAUUUUGUAAUUUUGCAUUAAGCAACACUCAUAAUAAGAGCAAAUUUUUUACUUUGUGUAUUAUGUAAAACAAUGUUAAUCUCUGAUACUGGUUAAAUAAUUAAAAUGAUAAGCCAUAUCAAAUGCACAGCAAUUAGACAGACAAAACCUUUAUAUACAUUCAGUAUAGUUUAUUUAUGAAAAUAAAUUAAUUAAACAUUGUU